AUGAAGGCAACUGUUGGCCUGAGUCGGGAAUGGGUGACUGAUGAAUGGCCUCACACCAAUGUGGGGGCCUGUAGGCAGCCUCAGGAGUGUCAGAGGUUUAAAAAACAAGAUGGGCUUCUGUAUGGCUGUGUCCACCCCGGGGGACAUCUUAAAAAUCUCUUGGUGGGUGGAAAAGCCCCUGACAGUGCUGGCAAGCAUCCGAGGCUGGAUCCAAAUCGCACAUCUGAUGACACCAAGAACCCAGAUGCAAUCACCCCAGAUGACUACUUGAAAAAGUUUAAGGAACAGAUGCAGGCUAUGGGUGAGGACAUUACUUCCUCUGGAACAGAAGGGCAAGAGGCCAGGAGGGAAAUACAGAAUUUAUUUGAAGAAUUUGAAGAGCCCAAUAAGAACUUUCUUCAGGGAAACAGAGAAAGAUUCACACUGAUCAUCAUGGAGUCUUUCUAAACCUUGGAGCAGAAAUUUGAGGACGUUCUAAAAAUCCAGUGCGAGCAAAGGCAGAAACUUUAUCAAGACUAUUCUCUUCAGAUUAAGCAUUUUAAAAGAGAAUUAUCCAAGGAUGCAGGUCAAGUCAAGAAACAUGCAAAAAGUUUGCAGAAUAUCUUUAAGGAGCAGCAAAAAUUUAUUCAUCAAUCUCUGGGUCUUCAGAAGAAGAGAAUGGAAGAAUUUAAAGAUCUGUGUGAACAGUACUUGGAAAAACUUGUAAAACUGAGUGAUUCUCAGGGAAAUUCCCUGAUUGAAGAGCUGAGACGUCUAAUAGCUACCUUGGAAAUAAAACUUCUGAUGCUGAAUCACCAGCAAGAAAGUGCUGCUGGUCAACAGUCUCUCCUGGAUCUGUUGCUCUCAUAA